GCCUAUUCAUCAAAAGCUGUGACAGCCAACUUCAGAACUGCACUACUGAAACGUUUCAGUGAAAACGUCAGUACCAGAAUGGCAGAGCCUGGGAGAGAUAAAGACAGAUCCAUCCAGAACAUCCGCACUGUGUACAGUAUCAAGAACCCUGAGGAGAAAGUAAAGUUUUAUAACACAUGGGCAACAAGAUAUGAAAAGGAUCUUGCAUUGAUAAAUUAUCAGGCUCACACCUUUGCUGCUGAGAUACUGGAUCCUGUAUUUCCCAAAAAGCGAGAAGAUGCUCUCGUCCUUGACGUUGCCUGUGGAACAGGAGGGGUUGCUGAACAGCUGCAGAAACGGGGAUUUAGGAAUUUCCAUGGAAUAGAUGGCAGUGAAGGGAUGUUGAAAAUAGCUGAAUCCAAAGGGCUGUAUCAGAAUCUGAAGAAGUGUCUGAUUGUUCCAGGUGAACGACUCCCUGUGUCUUCAGAUGCCUAUGAUUUAGUGGUAGUUGCUGGUGCUCUGUCCUAUGGACUACUGUCUUUGGAUGUCCUUCCCGAGUUGCUGAGAGUCACAAAGCCAGGUGAGCAGAAAGCCUUAUGUAUGUAA